UGUAAGUUUGGCUGGCAGUCUGUGCUAGCACGGAAGAAAAACAACAGCGCUUAAUCAAUAAAAACAUAAAAAUUAGUGCGCAGGCAGCAAACAUGCAGCAGCACCAGCUGCAACAACAACAAGAACAAUUACACACACAAAAACAACAACAACAAUAAUUGGUGCAAAAAAACAACAACAACAACAAGGCUCAAAUUGAACAGGUCACAGGUUAGACAACAUUGUUACCAGAAAUAGCAGAGCUCAAAUUACAACUGCAGCUGCUCAAGAUGUACAAGACUAUACGUCACGGCGAGAACAGCCUGCAGUAUACGAUUCUGCCCCAGAACGAUGAUUUUCGCAUUGAGGGUAAGCUGUCAUCGAAUGGCAGUCGCAGCUCCAGUGGCUCCGCAGCAUCGGGCGGUGGAGCGAAGCGCGGCGCGAAUCGUAAGCGUCGCAGCUUCUUUGCCUAUCUGGGCCUAAUCUUUGUCUGCACGGUCAUCAUUGGCGCGCUGCUCAUACCGUUUCUGGUCUCCGCCGAGUGUCUGCCCAGUCCUACCGAAUGGUUUCUCAAGACAAAGGCAGCCUUUACGCACAGCGCCAGCAAGCAUGCUAUUGAUGCCAUCACCACCACAGCUGCACCAUUGCAGAGCACCACAGCUCCAGUCGCCCCCCAGUUGUUGGGCCAGAGUGUUGGACAGAAUGUGCAGAUUACCAAUCGCAAUGGUGUCGAACAGUUUAUACUGAAGCUAAACAAAACUGCAGCUGACAGCAGCGUGGCUAGCACCACUACAACAACAACAACAACAUCAACCACAACAACAGAAAAGCCGACUACUAGCACCACCACCAGAACAACAACAACUGUUGCUGCCACUGAGCCAGCGGUUACCGAGCGUCCAGCCACCAUUGCUGCUCCAGCUGUGAGCAAUCGCCCAGCGGGCACCAUUACCACGCGCAUUAUACAAGUACCGUUGCUCAAGUCGGCUGCCAAGAAGCCAAUAAUGCCGCCUGUUCUAGCCAAGACCCAGAGCAACAGCGGCAGCAACAGCGAGGAGCUGGCACAGAACAAGAGCAACAAUGCCUGGCGUUGGGCCUAUAUUGAUCCAUCCACCUAUGUCCAGUGGUCGGGCUACAAGGCUGAGGAUAGCGUGUUGUUGCCUGCACUGCUCGGAUUUGCACUCAUUGGCAUGAUUUUAAUUAUAACGGUCUGCCUGGUGGCACGCAACAAGCGCACCAUAGUGUCCUCAGUGCGCAAGCGAAAUCGUAAUGACAUUGAGGAGCAAGGCGAAGAGGAUAAUGCCACAUUGUUGACUACAACAAAUCUGUCCGAUGAUGAUUAAUCAGCAAUUAUCUAAAUAUCACUAAUGACGAGCGUCCCUCAUCUUAAAGCUUAUUUUAAUUUUAAGCCAGCAUAAACAAACGAGCGUUUAUGCAUUAUUUUCGAAAUUACAAAUUUUUUUGAUAAAUUUAUUUUUUAACAAAACAUGUGUAAUUAACAACUUAACCUGCAAAAAGAAAACAAAAAAUGCUGUCCAAGCUAAGCUACGCAAAAAA